CGUGAAUUGUGAUUAGUGACGUUGUAAGGACACUUUUGCCAGGACAUCACUGAUUUUAUUUCGUAUAAUAUAUCGUUCCGGAACAAUUUAAGUAUAGCACCGAAAUGCGUGCUUGAAUUACCCAUACCUGCGUGAGAAAUAUUGUUAUUAAGGUAAUACCAUAAGCAUGGCCCAAUACUUAGAAUCGGAUCACCACAUAGUCCUAAGUCAGCAGUACCAAACAAAGCCUUUGAACAUGGACACCAAACUGCAAGAAAACAAACCAUCCUUCUGCAUAGACUCCCUUCUAUCCAGAUCGGAAUCCCUUCUAACCAGAUCGACCGACAGGCCAGCCUCUCCGGCGACGUCCAGGAGCAUCUCCCCGACUUCGACUCGAAGUCGGAGCCCUCCGAUUUCUCCGGGCAGCGAAGAGAUUCCGCACAGCUCCUUCGUACCGAGACCCGGAUUGCUCAAUCACAUUUAUCCUAACGGUAGCGGCUUUUACGGUUAUCAAACGCAAAACCAAAGUUCGGCGUUUCAUUCUCUAGACGGCGGCAUGAUUCAGAAGGUGCACCUUCCUGUCGGCCACCACAAUCAGAACCACCUGCACCAGAUGCAGCUGGAAUGGUUCGCGAGAACCGGGAUGUUCUAUCCCAGGUUGCCUGAUUUAGCCGGUUGUGGACCAGGACAUGCGUUACUAGGAAAAACUCGCCGACCCAGGACGGCGUUUACCUCACAACAACUUUUGGAAUUAGAGAAACAAUUUAGGCAAAACAAAUACUUAUCCAGACCUAAGCGAUUCGAGGUGGCUACCAAUUUAAUGUUAACAGAAACACAGGUGAAAAUUUGGUUUCAAAACCGAAGGAUGAAAUGGAAGCGCAGCAAAAAGGCCCACCAAGAGGCGAAAUCCUCCAAAGAGUCAGAUACUAAGUUACAGACGCCUCUGAAUUCGCAAAGUAGUUAUAAGUCGACGUGUUCUUCCAUAUCCAGUCCGGAAACUUCGGAAUGCGCCGUUCCACUGGAUACUAAUCAGGACUCGAGGAAAAUUCCGGAUAAUGAAUCUCUUUAUCGACCUUAUGUGGUAUAAAAGCACCUGUGGGAGGACUAGGUUAAAUAACGAAUUGAAUACUUUUAAGUUAUAAAGUUCCUUUAUAUUUGCUACAAUGGGGUUGAUUAUAUUUUGAUCCAUUAAGUAAAAUAUAUACAUACCUACUAAAAAUUGUGUACAGAAUCAAAUAAGCAACGAAGUAUA